CUGAAUAUUAAUUGUCAUUGUCACUUUGUAAUCUUUGCUUCCAUACAAAACGACGCGGCUUUUAGCAAUUCGCGGCUUUUAGUUCAUUAGUACUAAAAUAAAACACAAAAAUGGCGGCGGCUAUGCCUAUUAACCCUAAACCAUUCCUCAACAGCCUUACGGGCAAGUCAGUUCUUGUUAAAUUAAAGUGGGGUCACGAAUAUAAAGGCUUAUUGGUUUCAGCAGAUGGAUACAUGAACUUACAACUAGCCAAUACGGAAGAGAUUGUUGAUGGAUCUUGUACAGGUAAUCUUGGUGAAGUUCUUAUAAGAUGCAAUAAUGUGUUAUAUGUUAGAGGAGCGGAAGAAGAAGAUGAAGAAGGUGAAAUGAAAGAAUAAAUUUAGGUGUAAUUUGUGUAAAAUUAAAUUAGGAAUGUACAUUUGAAUAAUUUUAUCCAUCCUACUCUCAUAUAAGUGAAAAAACCCUCUAAUUGAUGGAGAAUAAGUUGAAAUACCAAAUUAUUCAACAAAACUAACAAUAGUCACUAUUUGAGUGGUCGAAAUAAAUAUUCUAUGUUACUAGUUAAGGUAUUUCACCGAGGUGAAAGUAAUAAUAUAACUUAAGUUGUAACUCUCCAAUGGAUAUUUUGAAAAUGUGAUUUUUCCACCUAAAUAUAAGAUUUAAAUAUU